AUGUCGACCCCAUUGACCAACGGCGAGAAGCCGCACUCCAAAGUCAUCUCUCACAUCACCUCCUACCCCGUCGUCUCCGACUCCAUCAGCACUUACAAGUCGAACCCAUACGGCAAGAAGUCCAUCGAUCUCGCCAACACCGCCUACUCCAAGUUCGGCUCGCCCCUCCUACCAUACCUCCAGACUCCUUACAGCUACGUCGCCCCGUACGUCGAGAAGGCCGACUCGUUCGCCGACAGCACUCUCUCUACCGUCGAAUCAAAGUUCCCUAUUGUCAAGGAAGACACCCAAAAAGUCAAGGGCACCAUUGUCGACUUCGCUUUCUUCCCGCUACGUCUGGCUGGCUCAGGCAAGGACUACGUCUUCGGCACCUUCAACGACGAGUACAAGAAGACCGGUGGCGACGAUGGCAUCUUUAAGCUGGCCAAAGCCACCAUCUCGACCGAGCUGAAGGUUGGCCACGACACAUUGAACUACAUCAUCUCGUACUGGAACAAGGGCAAGGAGGUUGCCGCAGAGAAGAAGAACCAGGUUACGGAAUAG